AUGAAUUCUCCACUAACAUAUUCGCUCCUAUCUAUCUAUCUAUCUAUCUAUCUAUCUAUCUAUCUAUCUAAUUUGAUGCAUAUCUCUAUCAUUUUAUCUCAUCAUAUGGUAUCUAUCUAUUUAUAUAUCUAUCUAAUUGAUUCCCCAAAUCUAUCUAUCUAUCUAUCUAUCUAUCUAUCUAUCUAUCUAUCUAUAUUGAUGCAUAUCUCUAUCAUUUUAUCUAAUCAUAUGGUAUCUAUCUAUUUAUAUAUCUAUCUGAUUCCCCAAAUCUAUCUAUCUAUCUAUCUAUCUAUCUAUCUAUCUAUCUAUCUAUCUAUCUAUGCAUGUAUUAUUCUAUUCAUAUCUAUGACGGACUGUUCGUAUCUAUCUAUCUAUCUAUCUAUCUAUCUAUCUAUCUAUCUAUCUAUCAUUCUAUAUAACUGUGUCUCUUUCAGUAUAGCUACCUCUAUCUGUCUCUCCUACUCUCUCAUUCUAUUUCUCUUUCUCUGUAUUUACCUAUCUAUAUGCCUAUCUAUCUACAUGUGCGUAUGUGUGUGUGCCCAUUACUAUCUAUUUAUCUGUCUAUUCAUAUCUAUCUAUCUAUCUAUCUAUCUAUCUAUAUAUCUGAUUCUAUUCAUAUCUAUAUAUCUGAUUCUGUUCAUAUCUAUCUAUCUAUCUAUCUAUCUAUCUAUCUAUCUAUCUAUCUAUCUAUCUGAUUCUAUUCAUAUCUAUCUAUCUGAUUCUAUUCAUAUCUAUCUAUCUGAUUCUGUUCAUAUCUAUCUAUCUAUCUAUCUAUCUAUCUAUCUAUCUGAUUCUAUUCAUAUCUAUCUAUCUGAUUCUAUUCAUAUCUAUCUAUCUGAUUCUGUUCAUAUCUAUCUAUCUAUCUAUCUGAUUCUAUUCAUAUCUAUCUAUCUGAUUCUAUUCAUAUCUAUCUAUCUAUCUAUCUAUCUAUCUGAUUCUAUUCAUAUCUAUCUAUCUGAUUCUAUUCAUAUCUAUCUAUCUAUCUAUCUAUCUAUCUAUCUAUCUAUCUGA